AGAUUUCUCAGAAUGAAGACCAUAGCGCUGGUUUGUGUGGCGAUAUGUCUGACCUUCAGCCUGGCAUCUUCCCUUUGUUACCAUGGUUCUUACAGAACCUCCGAGGAGUCUUCCGUUGUACCAGUGGCUUUUUACGUGUACUAUUCAAGCACAUUUAAAGCCCUUCAGCAAAAUCAACCUUUUAUAUUCGAUUCUGUGGAAACAAACUAUGGAAAUGGAUACGACAAAAAUACUGGCGUUUUCACCGCUCUAUCUGCCGGUCUGUAUGCAUUUUCUUGGACCAUUCAUGCUGCGGGUACACAUCAAGCUGGCUCCAGUGGUCAGUACGGAGAGAUGGUGGCAGUAUUGAAACAGAAUGGAAUCGCAAAAGGGUCAAUCUAUGCAGAUACAGAAAAAGAAUAUGAUGACGAUUCGGCCACAGGGUUUGUGAUUCUUGCUGUUUCGACAAGAGAUACGUUUCAAAUCGUAUCUCAAACGGAAGGUCAAGGCGCGUUUUACAGCACCAUGAGCAAUGGGAAGACAUCUUUUUCGGGAUUUCGAAUUGCUUAGCUGAUUUUUUUUAUACCACAUGCUACAUGAUUUGUCAAAUAUUAAAUAAAUAAUGCAA